UUCACAGAUAGAUGAACUUAUUAGAUUCUAUCAAACAGAAUUGAACAAGGAAAUAGUUAGAGAUGAUUAUCGAGAAUUGAUUGAGCUCUGUUUGAUGUUUUUGGGAGGAAAUCCAGAAAAGUAGUUCAAGAUUAGACCUCCAGGAGCCAUGCAUCAAGCUAGAUGGAUGGCAAGAGCAAUGUAUUCACUUAAAAUGGUUUUACUUAGCUCUCAAUUGAAAAUAACUUCCAAGGACAAAGCAUCACUAUUAGAUGUAUGCUACUUUAUUGUAACAUGUUAUGUUAAACCAUGGCUUAAAUGCAUUUUACCAGUGAAAUCACCUUACCAAGAUUUGUGCUUCCUGAAGGCAAUGAAGGACUAUGAACAAGUGGAUCAAAGUAUCUCGAAAGCAGCUCUUAAGAAGUUUAGUCAGCAUUUAUGGUAUUUGACAGAUGAAGUAGUCAUGCUAUCCUUAUUUGACGAUGAAAUGGUACUAGAAACUAAAACUAAAAUGGUCGCAAAUUUGACGAGGGAACAAGUGUCGACCCAUGAGAAACGGUACAUUCCAUCUAAGGAAGAACUUGCUGGUUCAUUAUACGAUAAGAACUUAGAAGAUUUCGUGUCGAUCAGAAGCAAGUUCUUCUUCGCUCGACUCAAAAUUGAUGACAGUUUUCUUCAAGAAAGUCCAUACUCAUGGAAUACUUCAACUUCAUAUUUACAAGCCAAAAAUGCUGUUUCAACACUCAGAACUGUUAAUGACACUGCUGAAAGAGCUGUUAAACUUAUGCAAGACUUUCAUGGUUUGAUAACAGUCGAAGAGGAACAAAAACAAUUUUUGUUACGCUGUGUUCAAGAACAUAGAAAAAUAUACCCGGAUUGUAAGAAGGCAACCCUCAAAAGGAGAUAUGGUGAAUAA